GUAAACCUGAACAGCGCUGAAGGAGGUGUGCUCAGCAAAGGUGCUGCUGCUGCUACGAGAACUGGCAUAAUUGGUUUAGGUGAUGGUACAUCUGUCGCCGCUAAUCUCUCCGCUGACAACGGUUCACUUAGGCCUAAUUGCGCUUGCUGA